CAAACAUGUCAACAUCGACUGAUUCCGUGAUGGAGUCAAGCGUCUUGGGAUGGCCGCUUUCGUGGAGGAUCUGGAUCCUUCUGAACGUCAGCUUCUACAACCUUUUGGGAAACGCCUUUGCGGCGGGUGCCCCUCCGCUGUUUUCGCGCAUCAUCGCAGAGCUUCAUUGCACUUCGGAAGAGGCUUCCCAGCUUUCUACUUACGUGCUCUUGACUCUGGGACUAUCGAACAUCUUCGCCCUCCCUGCGGCAUCCCUCAUCGGCAAACGAUACACGAUUCUCAUAUCUCUUGUCAUGUUUUUUGUCUUCUGCCUUUGGUCAGGGGAAGCAUCUACAUUCAAUGACUUGAGAACAUCAAGAAUUCUUGGCGGGCUCGCUGGCGGGCUUGUCGAGGCCCUGGGACCCAGCUUUGUUGAAGAGGCAUUCCCAAACAAUCAACUAGCAAGCGCAAUGGUUGUAUACGUUGGACUCUUGGCUGCCGGCUCAUCCAUUGGACCAAUUAUCUCAGGAGUUGUCGCAGACGGCACUGGUGACUGGAGAUGGUACUUUCGUAUUCUAUCGGCGCUUAUCUUCGUUACAUUUGUCGGUACAUUGAUCAUGCUCCCGGAAACUCGUGCGGACUCGCCAAAGACGGCCGAGGAAGUCGAGCUCGGUCCUAUUACUGAAGACAAUCCAAAAGGUCUGCCCUUGAGCCCCACCUACGCCGAAGAAAAACAAUGGAGAAUGCGCUCCUUCUCGACGUCGUACAUCGACAUGGACUGGAAAAACGCCGCCUCGAGCCUCUUUCAGCCUCUCCAACUUCUGAGCGCGCCACAGGUUAUUGUUACAACUUUGGUAUUCGGUCUCACCAUUGGCUGGACUGUCUUGGUAUCCAUCUUACUCUCGGUGGUGUACAGCCCCCCGCCACUGCUCUGGGGUGCUCGAGAUGUCGGAUUGCUCAGCGUCGGGCCCUUGAUCGGUCUUUUGGUUGGGCUCCCAGUUGGCGGCGCGUUGGCUGAUUACCUUUUCAACCGAGCCACACGUCGCAACGGUGGGAGGCGAGAUCCGGCUUCAAGAUUGCCAGCUGUAAUUAUUGGAGGUCUUAUCAGCCCAGCUGGAUGUCUGGUCAUUGGAUAUGGCCUUGCAUCACCGGAAAAGUGGGCGCAAGUCAGCGUUGGCUAUGGCAUGUUGGCCACAGGUUUGACAUGCUCGGCCAACGUGCUACUAACGUAUGCUGUGGACACCAUGCCACCUCGAGCCAGCCAUAUCGGAGUUUUGGUGAACUUGAUCAAGAAUUCCGUCGGUUUCGGAGUCUCUUACGCGGCUACAAGCUGGAUGGCACAGGCAGGACCCGUUGCUCAGUUUGGUACCAUGGCGGGAAUCCUCUGGGCGGUAUACUUACUGGUGAUCCCCCUUUACUUUUUCAGUGAUACAGUCAUUCGAAAGACUGCAGCUCUCGCUUAG